AUGAAACGUUACUUCAUCUUAUACAUGUAUGUUGAAUCAGUUAACAUAGAAGUGAAGGAAGGCUCUUACGCAACGAUUUCGUGUAUCAUCAAUGGCAUAACAGAAACAGCAGCAGUGACCUGGCGAACAAGUACAGGACCUGUUCCAGGCGAUAAGCUCGUCCCUACCCAAGGAAGUUACUCUGAUGGGACACAGACAUCAACUCUUGCCGUAGACGGAACUCUUGUCAACGAAGAUACUGCCUACACUUGCAGAGUCACUUCAAGAUCUUUACCUGAUUCCAACUUCUCUGAUACCACUGUCAAUCUGAACGUUUAUGACGUUGAAUCAGUUUACACAGAAGUGAAGAAAGGCUCUUACGCAACGAUUUCGUGUAUCAUCACUAGCAUAACAGAAACAGCAGCAGUGACCUGGCGAACAAGUACAGGACCUGUUCCAGCUGAAAAGUUCACCCCUGUCCAAGGAAGUUACUCUGCAGGGACACAGACGUCAACUCUUGCCGUAGACGGAACUCUUGUCAACGAAGAUACUGCCUACACUUGCAGAGUCACUUCCGGAUCUUUACCUGAUUCCAACUUCUCUGAUACCACUGUCAAUCUAAACGUUUAUGACGUUCAAUCAGUUAACACAGAAGUGAAGAAAGGCUCUUACGCAACGAUUUCGUGUAUCAUCACUGGCAUAACAGAAACAGCAGCAGUGACCUGGCGAACAAGUACAGGACCAGUUCCAGCUGAAAAGUUCACCCCUGUUCAAGGAAGUUACUCUGCAGGGGCACAGACAUCAACUCUUGCUGUAGACGGAACUCUCGUCAACGAAGAUACUGCCUACACUUGCAGAGUCACUUCCGGAUCUUCACCUGAUUCCAACUUCUCUGAUACCACUGUCAAUCUAAACGUUUAUGACGUUGAAUCAGUUAACACAGAAGUGAAGAAAGGCUCUUACGCAACGAUUUCGUGUAUCAUCACUGGCAUAACAGAAACAGCAGCAGUGACCUGGCGAACUAGUACAGGACCAGUUUCAGGCGAUAAGCUCGUCCCUAACCAAGGAAGUUACUCUGAUGGGAGACAGACAUCAACUCUUGCCGUAGACGGGACUCUUGUCAACAAAGAUACUGCCUACACUUGUAGAGUCACUUCCGGAUCUUUACCUGAUUCCAACUUCUCUGAUACCACUGUCAAUCUAAACGUUUAUGACGUUGAAUCAGUUAACACAGAAGUGAAGAAAGGCUCUUACGCAACGAUUUCGUGUAUCAUCACUGGCAUAACAGAAACAGCAGCAGUGACCUGGCGAACAAGUACAGGACCUGUUCCAGGCGAUAAGCUCGUCCCUACCCAAGGAAGUUACUCUGAUGGGAGACAGACAUCAACUCUUGCCGUAGACGGGACUCUUGUCAACAAAGAUACUGCCUACACUUGUAGAGUCACUUCCGGAUCUUUACCUGAUUCCAACUUCUCUGAUACCACUGUCAAUCUAAACGUUUAUGCGCUAUCUACAAUGGAUACUGUGUACUACAGUCCCACGAGUAUAGAGGUGACAGUGGAAGGACGUUAUGAGCCACAAAUAAUUUGGUUCAUUGGAGGACAGGCGUACAGUUCUCAAGAUAAUCCCCAUUUGACCCCAACAAUUUCAUCGGUAUGGUCUGGGUCCAAAAAGACCUUUAAUCUGGCGUUCGAUAUGAGUGGGUUUGAAACAUCUAUGUCGCCGUUCACAGUUCGAGGAACAGUGUCUUUCGGAGACGCCACUGAUUCAACCUUCGACACGGUGACAGCCAACAUCUACAAGAGAGAGUUUGUUGAGAGCCUUCCAGCCUCAACAAUAUUCCGCAACACUGACAUCCCGAAAGCAUUCUUGUGCUCUGCUUCGGGUGAAGACAAGGAAUUACUUACGUUGUCUUGGAAGAUAGGAGAUGUACUAGUAGAUGAUGAGGUAGAGCACGUGACCCUAACAGAUGAGUCAGACAGCAGCUCAACCACCACCAAGAUCAGCAAGUUGACAAUAACAACCAACAAACCAACUUUCAACGCUCAGUUCAAAUGUAUUGCCACCUGGAGCGGAAUAAAUGGAAAGUCUAUCGAGUCGACGUCUGACUCUAACGCUGUCGGAGUAGCCGUGGAUGAGAACACGUUCAGCACUGGUUCCUCUGGAGACGGAGUAAUAAGUUGUGUGGUGUGGGGUGAUUCACCCCCACAUUCUGUCACGUGGUCUAACGAAAGGGGUGAUGCUAUCACCAACCAACCUGAUGAGACAGAAAUCGCAGACAGUAUAACAGAAGGCAUUACUUACACCCACUUGCUCACUGUUAAGAAGAUGACGUUUGGGGAUCAAGGAAAAUACACCUGCUCAGUUGUGUUUGGGGAAAACGAAACCCCCGUUAAUGUCGUCACAACUCUUCACAAGCUUUCUGCAAGUUUCGAACCAGCAACACCAUAUUUCGUCCACGAGGAAACUGUCCAGUUCUCCUGCGUGUACAACGGUUUGGAUGACCCGCAGAAUAUCAAAUGGUUCAGGAGUUCAACAGACGAUGCUGAAAACCUAAUAAGCAACAGUGAUGCUAAGUACACCAUUACCACUGGCAACUUCAACAAGGCCUUCAGUACGAAGACUAGCGUUAUCACUGUAGAGGAUGUUGAAGUUACUGACAGUGGCGACUACACCUGCAAAUGGACCACCGCAAACUUCAAUCCUAAGUCAACAACGGUAGUCUCUGUUCGAUGUAAGUGA